CAUGAGCAGUGACGCGCGCUCCUGUGCUCGCGCUGAACGCGGUUGUCGCUCCUCUUCUGCGAGCCGGGCGCUUUAACGGAGAGGAUCCACGCGCAGGGAAUAACAUCCACGCUUGCUCGAACGUUCCUGAGCUUGAACUCCAAACUCAGACCAGGGAUAAAAAGUCUGGUCCUUCUUUCUCUUGCCCUUCUUCGGUGUCCUAAUUCUUUCUCCACACGCGCUGAGAUGUUCCUCCAGGCUUUAACGCGCGCCUGCGCCGGAUUGGUGGCCUGCACCCUCCUCGCCUUUGUCCCGCAGCCGGCCGCCGCAUCCCACAGCCGACUUGCACAUGAUGUGGACGAGUGUGUGGAGACCACAGACAACUGCAGCAUUGAUGCUAUUUGCCAGAACACAUAUAGAUCGUACAAGUGCAUCUGCAAGUCUGGUUACAAAGGAGACGGAAAACACUGUGAAGACAUAGACGAGUGUGCGAGCGAAUAUAACGGAGGAUGCGUCCACGAGUGCAUCAACAUCCCUGGGAACUACCGGUGCACGUGUUACGAUGGCUUUCGUCUAGCGCACGACGGCCACAACUGCCUGGAUGUAGACGAGUGUUCGGAGGGGAACGGUGGCUGUCAGCAGGUGUGUGUGAACAUGAUGGGAAGUUACGAGUGUCGCUGUAAAGAAGGCUUCUUUCUGUCUGAUAACCAGCACACCUGCAUCCAGCGGCCCAAAGUGCGCAUGAAUGGGACAAAGGAAGGUCCCACGUGCAUGGACAAAAACCACGGCUGUGCUCAUAUCUGCAGGGAAACUCCAAAAGGAGGCAUCGCCUGCGAGUGCAGACCGGGCUUCCAGCUCACCAAGAACAACCGCGACUGCAAGUUGACCUGUAACUAUGGUAACGGCGGCUGUCAGCACAUCUGUGAGGAGACCGACCAUGGGCCACGCUGUUCUUGCCACAUGAAGUUCGCACUGCACUCUGAUGGCAAGACAUGUGUAGAGGAAAGGAGUAACCAGCACCAGCUACAUCAGCCACAGCUGUUACCCAAUGAGACGUGUGCGGUGAAUAAUGGAGGAUGUGACAGCACGUGUCACGAUGCUCUAACAGGGGUCCGUUGCAGUUGUCCAGUCGGAUUCACUCUCCAACCUGACCGCAAGACCUGCAAAGAUAUCGACGAGUGCCGCAUGAGUAACGGCAGCUGUGAUCAGAUUUGCCGGAACACAGUUGGAAGCUUCGAGUGUAGCUGCAGGAAGGGCUACAAGCUGCUCACCAAUGAGAGGACGUGUCAAGACAUAGACGAGUGCUCAUUUGACCGUGCAUGUGACCACACCUGUGUGAACUCUCCAGGCAGUUUCGAGUGUCAGUGUCACAAAGGCUAUGUCCUGUAUGGAGUCGCUCACUGUGGAGACAUCGAUGAGUGCAGUAUAAAUCGUGGCGGCUGUAAGUAUGGCUGUGUGAACACGUUGGGCAGCUACGAGUGUACUUGCCCUCCUGGAUACAAACUGCAUUGGAACAAGAAGGACUGUAUCGAGGUCGUGAAGUGUCCGUCCAGCCUGGUGGCACCAAAAGCAACACUCUCUUGCAGCAAGACAGGCAAAAAGGAGAGUUGUGCCCUCACCUGUGCAUCCAAAGCACACUAUCUGGCAGAAUCUGACAACAGUUACACAGUCAGCUGCGGUGUCCGAGGAGAAAGCCAAAGUAGACUGAACUCCAGCAGCAGCCAGAGCUGCAUAGAGACUUUGGCUUCUCCAGUGAAGCAGACGGCCUCAUUCCGAAUCAAGAAUGCCAAAUGCCACUUGCACCCCAAACUCAGGGGACGAGUAGAAGAUGGAGGCAAGCAGAUUGGGCCAGGUGGUCAGCUCUGCACCAACUGCCAAGUCACCUUCGUCAAUCUAAAGUGCGAGUCCUCAAAGAAGACCAAAAUUCGCCACACACGUAACCCGGCUAACAAAGAGGUCACACGUAUCACGCUGGAACUAGAAGCAGAAAUAAAGCCUGGAGACACUACUGGGAACUGUGACCUUAGCUGUGUGAGGAAACAAAUGGAGCAGAAGAUGAAGUCUUCCAUCAAAGCACUGAAGAAGUCCAUCAACCAGGAGAGGUUUCUGAUCCGUGUGGCCGGUCUGGAGUAUGAGGUCGCUCAAAAGGUCACACAAUCCGCUGACAAACAGGAACACUGUGGCCCCGGGAGAGAGAGAGACAGCGGCCGAUGUGUCAGAUGUUUGCCUGGUUCUUAUUAUCACGGCGAGACGGAGCACUGUGUGCAGUGUCCUCCCGGAACCUUCCAGGAGCGUGAGGGUCAACUAGCCUGUGACCUUUGCCCUGGAGGAGAUCGCCAUGGCUCACCGGGUGCCCGUAACAUCGCUUCCUGCUCAGGUAAAUGUGCACCGGGAUAUUACUCAAGUGAUGGGUUUAAACCGUGCCAGCCUUGCCCUCGUGGCACAUACCAGCCUGAUCAUGGAAGAACGCUCUGUUUCCCUUGUGGAGGUGGCCUCGACACGAAGAGAGAGGGAUCCAGCUCCUUCCAUGACUGUGAGGUCAAAGUAUCUUGUCCUCCUGGACAUUAUUACAACACCUCUGUGCAUCGGUGUAUCCGCUGUCCUGUGGGAACAUAUCAAACAGACUUCAAACAGAACUACUGCAUCUCCUGCCCUGGAAAUACCACCACAGACUUUGAUGGUGCUACCAGUGUUUCUCAGUGCAAGAACAGAGAAUGCGGAGGUGAAAUCGGAGAAUAUAUCGGCUACAUCGAGUCUCCAAACUACCCGGGAGAUUAUCCUGCUAAUGUGGACUGCAUCUGGACCAUCAACCCUCCGAGUAAGCGUAAAAUCCUCAUCGUGGUGCCAGAGAUCUUCCUUCCUUCUGAGGAUGACUGUGGAGACGUCUUGGUGAUGAGGAAGAACUGGUCAGUGACCUCCAUAACCACGUACGAGACGUGUCAGACGUACGAGCGGCCCAUCGCGUUCACGGCUCGUUCACGGCGCCUCUGGAUCAACUUCAAAUCCAACGACGUGAACAGUGCACGUGGCUUCCACAUCCCCUACGUCACAUACGACGAGGACUAUGAGCAGCUGGUUGAAGACAUCGUGAGAGAUGGAAGACUUUACGCCUCAGAAAACCAUCAAGAAAUCCUGAAGGACAAAAAAUUAAUCAAGACGCUGUUUGAUGUCCUGGCGCACCCCAAUAACUACUACAAGUACACGGCUCGGGAUUCGAACGAGAUGCUGCCGCGUUCCUUCAUCCGACUGAUCAGCAGCAAAGUCUCAGCCUUCCUCCGACCGUACAAGUAGCUGCUAACGCUCGAAGGAUUUAUGUUCUCGACUCUGACAGCAGGCUUCAGUCUACAGGGUUCAGCACACGCUUUGUUUAAAAAAUCCAACCAGGCUUUUGACUUUUUACUCGCUUCACUAUGCACAUUCGGUUUUGAAUUUCUGCGCUGUUUAUUUGUAUCGUUCCUUUCCGAUAAGAAGAGGCCGAUUUGGUGAAUAAUUGUAUCACACGUUUGCAGCAUCUGAGUUUUCUUUUUGUGCUUUUAGGACUUGUCUUCAUCACCACACUGUGCUGUGCUGCGCUAUCUAUCAGGACAUACAACGUAGAACGUGUAAUAUUCCCAUGAGCACCACAAUUUCUACAUGAUCUGACCCCUAAAUUGUCCUUUUUUUUGGUUUGACAAAGUUUGACAUCUUGUAUAUGACCAGAAAGUGUCCUUGUGCUCAUGGGAAUAUCGCACUGGGAAAGAGUUGUGUAGUUUGUGUGUGUGUGUGUGUGUGUGUGUGAUAGAAUGUGUGUCGUUCUGUCAAUAAGCACGACCUGAGCUGAGCUUCUGCUGUUUUGUGAAGCACCUCAUCAGAUCGUUUGUAUCUCCGUCGUAUUUCCAUCUUUUCCUCUCACACACUUCACUCCGUGUCAUUAGCGUCAUCGCGGCUCAGCUCUUUAAUCUUUCCACCACGCUGUAAAAACAGUACGUUCCCGUCUGUCGACGUUGUAUUACUAGUUUUCGGGGUUUCAUAUAUACGUUUACGACCAUAUAUCGGCGUUAAUUUAACGAGGCGUAGAAUUCGUAGCGCAUUAUUACGAGACUGAAACGUUAGAGCUGCGGCGAGGGACAGAGUUUAUAGCGAGCGGUUCUGCAGAGAACGAGGCUGGGAUGCAGUUUUGUUUUUGUUUGUUUGUUUUCUUUUGCAGGACAUGCGAUUGCUGCUUCUUCAAUUAAAAAAAAUAAUAAAUAAAUAAAUAAAUAAUCACUUUAAAUUUGCUCUGAUAAAUAAAUUCAAGCCUUUUGACCCAAAGGUCCUCAAAGGGAAAUUCCACCUAAAAAUGUAUUCUUUGCAGACCUCCAUACAGUUUAGUUGGUGUUAGGCUACCAGUGAUUAGAACCGGCCUUGACUUUCGACCCCUCGAGUCGAGUUCUCACCGCAGGGUGUGUGGUCUUCACAGGGAGAAAUAAAGCACAGAAACGCUCUUUGGUUUCUGAAACAGAUCGAAUGCUGGCUGAAAAUCUCCACCGUGAAGAAGCAGCGGCCCACACGACGGUUUUAUUUUGUUUGUUUGUUUUUUCAGAUCAAGAAACGUGUUCGAUAUUAACACAAAUCUUGUGUCAAACUGCCUGCUUAGAUGCUCAAUAUUCACAGCAUGGAUAUGACACACGUCAUCAUCAUCAUCGUCAUCAUCAUCAUCAUCAUCAUCAUCAUCAUAAUGUAGAAUGCAGUUUAGUGUAUGCCUGUGGAAGCCUGCACUCAUCGUACACAAACUCCGAACACGUUAUGCGUGCCUUACGAAUGUGUUUAACGUUCCCGACGGUUAAAUGGAGAGAAAAGACAAAAUAAUAAUAAAAUAAAAUAAAACAUCACACACUUGAUAACACCAGGUGGCGUCUCUCUCUCCAGGUAGGAAAUUUUUUAGCUUGUUUUAUUGUAUAUUGUAAAUAUUAAAUGAACGUAGACUAAUGUCAAGUCUAAGAGUUAAAGCCGAUCCCAAAUAACAGUCUUAUAUUAAUAACAUCCCUUAACGAUGUAUUAAGGGAUUAAUCUUUUAUCGUGCCCUUCUGAACACAAACUCGAUUCAGCCGUGAAAAAAAUGUCCAAAAGGAUUGUUGUUUUUUUUUUGUUUGUUUGUUUGUUUGUUCGUUUGUUUGUUCGAACUGCUAUGUAAAGAGAAAAUAUUUUCGAUUUUUUUUUAUUUUUUAUUUUUUUUUUUUUUUAUAAAAUACUUUUUAUGUGUUUAUAUUACAAAGAAAAUUAUUUUUUUGCCCCCAGUUUCUCUUCCAAAGACCAUCCCAGACGUGCAAUGUUUUAUUACUGAAAACGUUCAUUCUGCCAAAUUUUUCAAAGAAUGCACUGAGUUUGCAGUUUAUUCUUUGGACUGAAUAAACGACUCAUUCGGCCUUUGUUUGAGAAGGAAAAUAUAUAACAAAUUACCCCAGACUGACCCCCCAAUCCCCCCCACCUCUCAUUAUUACCCAAUAUUAGGGUAAAAUGUUGAAGUCAGGCCACUUAGUGACCCCAAAAUAGUUACAUUUUGCUUUGCUCACCUUUUUUAAAGCAGCUCUAGGCUUCUUAUUCACCGACGUGGGGCAAAGAUAAAGUUAGUCGUGUUUUAUAGCCGGCAAAAGGUUCGUCUCAGUGCAGCUGGAUCUGGAGGAAAAGGGGAAAAAAAAAAGUCAUUUGUUAAAAUAAAUAAAGAAAGAAAAGAAAUAAAAAUCUUAUGGCAAAUUUACCAGCUUUGAAUGUUCAGAAAACUAAAUGCAAAAGUGUAAAAACAUUAUUGUAAUUUACCCUCUGUGAGAAUUUUCUGUCUUUCUUUCUUCCUUUCUUUUUUUUUUUUUUUACUGGCUGCCUGAAGAAUUGUUUUUUUUUUAUUUUAUUUUAUUUGAGAUUCCUUUCCUUUGAGAAACGACUUGGCCAUGGUGUUGCAUGGAGUGGGUAAUGGUAUUUGCACUUGAAAUUGUUUAUGCUCAUGUAAAAAUGUCUGGAUUUUGUAUUGUCUUUUUAAAAUGAAAGGAUUUGGUGUUCAUACAAA